CUCCUUUGAAGGUUCUUUACCAAUCUACUCUACUUUCGCUACUGAGGUUGAUCCUCGUGCAUUCCUUUCGUGUCAAAUUUCUGUUUGUCUGUAGAUCAGAACUACAUUCUCUCCAUCACAUUACCUCCUUCCGCAAUCGGUCUCUAUCCAACCACAAAAAAACACAUCAAUCUUUCACAAUGAUGUUCACCAAGCUUUCUCUUGCUGCUACCUUCGCUCUCGCGGCCUCCGCGCUUCCCCAGCCGUUGCAGUCGAGCACCACCAGCUCCGCAACCGCCACCUCGAGCAGCAGCAGCGCUAGCGCCAGCUCCUCUUCUUCCUCCAGCGGCGGGGGCAGUGUCUCUAUCGUCAACAACAUGAACAGCACUGUCUACCUCUGGUCCACCGCCACCACCACCGGCUCCAGCAGCAUGCAGUCCCUGUCGUCCGGUGGCGGCAGCUACUCCGAGGACUGGCAGACCACCUCCGACGGCGGCAUCUCCAUCAAGCUGUCCACCACCACGGACGAAAGCAGCGUCCUGCAGUUCGAGUACACCACUGAUGGUGACACCCUCUACUGGGACCUGUCGUCCAUCAACCUGGACAAGGACUCCGCCUUCGUGACCGCGGGCUUCUCCGCCAGUCCCUCGGACUCGAGCUGCACCUCCGUUACCUGCUCCGCCGGCGACUCGGAUUGCUCCGCCUCGUACCAGCAGCCCGAUGAUACCGAUACCAACAGCUGCACGACUUCGUCGGGCAUUACUCUCACUUUGGGCUAAGCCCACACAACCACUCUGAUGGGAGUACAUAGGGGCUUUCCCCGCCCGGACCGAGCGUCCUAGAGAUGCCGUCCGGCGGGAGCCACAUUUGGGAUACUCGCGGCAGGUCUUGCUUGACCUGUGCGUGAGACGACGGCCCGCGGGGCAGGCCUUGAUGCACUUUAUGAACUGUACUUGGGUUACGAACUGUUUAUAGACUUUCAAAACGAUAGACGCUAGAAUAGAAAAUGUCUCGUU